GCUCGCUGGAAAAUCGCUGGCAUUCGUAAAGCAUAAAUCAUCCUCCUUUAUUUUGGUAUCAAAGUCUCUCUCUUUCUCUAUCUCUCUCUCUCUCUCUCUCUCACCAUCUGCAAGGAGUGAAUCGUGAACCGAGCGAGUUUGGAGGGUCUGUCUCUGGAAUUUGUUCAGAGCGAGAAAUGGCUUCGAAACGGAUCUUGAAAGAGCUCAAGGAUCUCCAGAAGGAUCCUCCAACCUCCUGCAGUGCUGGCCCAGUUGCUGAAGACAUGUUUCAUUGGCAAGCUACAAUAAUGGGUCCAGCUGAUAGUCCUUACUCAGGCGGAGUCUUCCUCGUCACCAUUCACUUCCCUCCGGAUUAUCCUUUCAAACCACCAAAGGUUGCAUUUAGGACAAAAGUGUUUCACCCUAAUGUCAACAGCAAUGGAAGCAUUUGCCUCGACAUCUUGAAAGAACAGUGGAGUCCUGCACUUACCAUAUCCAAGGUUUUGCUUUCGAUAUGCUCAUUGUUGACGGAUCCAAACCCAGAUGAUCCUUUGGUUCCAGAGAUUGCUCACAUGUAUAAAACCGAUAGAGCUAAGUAUGAGUCUACUGCAAGAAGCUGGACUCAGAAAUAUGCGAUGGGAUAAAGUUUAUGGCUUUUGAUCCAUCAAGACUCGGUUUUAAGAGGGAGAGAGUGAGAGAGUAAGGACUUCUUCACAUAGGAUCUUCCAUGAAAUAAGUUAGAUUCCUAUGUUUUAUCUCUUUGUUUGAAAGCUCUUGAAUGUUUUUGAUGUCACUUGUUAAACAAAUAACAUUCCUUCUCCUCUCUGUUCCUUUGUUUUUUUUUUUUUUUUUUUGGCAAUUACAAAGACAUAUUUAAAAAAAAUGUAAAAUUUUUAGGAAAUUAUCUCAAAUGACUUAGAAAAGUCAUUUUAUUA